AUGCGAGAACGCGCUCGGGACAGCCUGGCAGGACUCGUGCUGUACGUAGGACUCUUCGGGCACCCCGGGAUGCUGCACAGGGCCAAGUACAGCCGCUUUCGGAACGAGUCCAUCACGUCCUUGGACGAAGGCAGUCCGGGAGGCUCGGCCGGGAACAAGGGCUCGCCGCAGCCUCCCUACCCCGCCCUGGCACCUCACCUGUCGGCUGAAGAUGCCACCUUGCCGUCCCAGGAGAGCCCCACCCCACUGUGCACCUUGAUCCCCCGCAUGGCGAGCAUGAAGCUGGCCAACCCAGCCACUUUGCUGAGUCUGAAAAACUUUUGCUUGGGUACCAAAGAGGUGCCCCGGCUGAAGCUCCAGGAAAGCCAAGACCCGGCUCCCAGCAGUCCCGCUUCCCCCGAACCCAGUCUGAGUAGGGCUGGGUCUGCACCUCCACUGCAGCCAGACCCGGUUGGGAACCGGGCAAACGCCUCAACUCCAGAUGCCUGCCCACUUCCCGGCCCUGGGGAGCCAAACCCCAGGAGCAGGCAGGACAAGCACUUUCUGCAGCACCUGUUGGGGAUGGGCAUGAACUACUGUGUGAAGUACAUGGGCUGUAUUGAAGUGCUGCAAUCUAUGAGGUCACUGGAUUUUGGAAUGAGAACCCAAGUUACAAGACAACUGCAUACUUCUUUGUGUUCUGGUGUCCCAGGGUCAAAUGUUGCUUUGUUAUUUUUAAAGCCUCCAGUUAAGUUCCUAUCAACUGUUCUUGGCAAAAGUAAUCUUCAGUUUUCGGGAAUGAAUAUAAAACUGACCAUCUCAACAUGCAGCCUCACGUUGAUGAAUCUUGAAAACCAACAGAUUAUUGCAAAUCAUCAUAUGCAGUCUAUUUCAUUUGCCUCUGGAGGGGAUCCUGAUACUACAGACUAUGUUGCCUACGUAGCUAAAGAUCCAGUUAAUCAACGAGCCUGCCACAUAUUGGAAUGCCGCAGUGGAAUGGCCCAAGAUGUCAUAAGUACCAUAGGGCAGGCUUUUGAACUCCGGUUUAAACAGUACUUGAAAAAUCCUUCUCUGAAUACUUCUUGCGAAAGUGAGGAGGCGCACAUUGAUGGGCAUGCUGAGGAAAGAGAAGAUCAUGAGUAUUACAAUGAAAUCCCAGGGAAGCAGCCACCUGCAGGGGGUGUUUCAGAUGUGCGGAUCAAGGUUCAAGCCACAGAUCAAAUGGCUUACUGCCCCAUACGGUGUGAGAAGUUGUGCUAUUUGCCUGGAAAUUCCAAGUGCAGCAGCAUGUAUGAGAACUGUUUAGAACAAAGCAGGGCAAUAGGUAAUGCCCAUGAGAGAGGGGCGCAGUCCCAACAAGACAGCUUGUUAAUGAAGCACACUUGUCGAUUGGAUCUCUUCGAUGACCCCUGCUACAUUAAUACACAGGCUCUUCAAAGUACACUUGGUUCUGCUCGAAAUCAGUGCUCAGCUCAACCACUGGUGAGCCCAUGGCACCGUGGAAAGGCACCAGAAACUGUACAGCCGGGUGCCACAGCCCAGCCUGCCAGCUCACAUUCUUUGCCACACAUUAAGCAGCAGCUGUGGAAUGAAGAAUGCUACCAUGGCAAGCUGAGCAGGAAGGCAGCAGAGAGCCUCUUGGUAAAGGACGGGGACUUUUUGGUUCGAGAGAGUGCAACAUCCCCUGGCCAAUAUGUAUUAAGUGGACUACAGGGAGGCCAGGCAAAACAUCUUCUCCUGGUGGAUCCUGAAGGCAAGGUGAGGACCAAGGAUCAUGUAUUUGAUAAUGUCGGCCACCUUAUCAGAUACCAUAUGGAUAAUAGUUUGCCAAUCAUCUCUUCUGGAAGCGAAGUAAGCCUUAAACAACCAGUGAAAAAAGAUAAUAAUUCAGGACUUUUGCAUUCCAACAAAUGACAAUAUUGAAGCACCUUCUCACUGAUAUUUCAAGAAACUCCAUUUUGUGUUAGGAUACAAAGAUAAUUCGAACUUUGUUUCUAGAUAAAAUAGAGUACAAAUUGUAAAGUGCAUCUUUCUGAGACCAUCAAGGACUAGGUAGGUCCUUUACAAAACAAAGAACUAACAAAAAUUGAUCUUUGGAAAAUGAAAAUAAGAGAGGAAGAGGACUGGUUCAUUUGAAAAGAAAUUAUACGUGUGCACGGAUAUCACUUUUUAAGGUCAUGUUGCAUUGAUAACAAGCUAAAAGCACAAUAUAAAUUUCACAUGCUAAAGACAACUUGAAUGAACUGCUAGGGCAGUAGUAUGUGCCUUUCAACUUGAUAAUUUGGGGACAUUUUGAUAUUGGGGAGAUUAGUUCUAAGUGUCAUCAUGUUCUAUAACUACAGAACCAUUUGCCAAAAAAACAAAAAAAAAAAGGUUUUUCUUGCUACAAAAAAAAGAAAGAAUUUGCCUGAUGGUGAUUUUUAUUACAUUUUUUGUUUAGUAGCAUUUUUCGCUGCAAUGUUAAAAUAAAUAUGACAUUGAAUUCAGACUGUGUCUAUGCCAGUGGAAUCAGAUCAAAAGCCACUGAAUGUGCUGGUAUGUUUUAUUGGUCUGUCCCAUCUGCUGGUUGAAGGGUUGGGGCUCAGAUUCUCUGGCCUAGUAUUUCUCAAUCUUUGCUAUUCAGACUGUUUAUAGCAUGUGACAAACUGAAGAGGCCAAAUUUAGCAGUCAUUUCUUAUUUCAUCAUAUUCUCUCCUGACUCCCCACCAAAAAAAAGCACAUGAG